GGGUCGCUUACUCCGAAAUUUCCCGAAUCGGAAGCUCACGACAGCUCACUACGUCUUGUCCCUCUUUCCCUUUCCUCCCACUUUGGUGCCUGCGGCCCACUUCACCCUGCCAUGGCUUCAUUAGCGCGUCUUCGUGCUGCUCGCCGGAUACCUCAGCUCGCUCGCGCGAUUCAAACUUCCGCCGACACGACCCAACUGCAUGAGACGCCCUCGGACCUUUCCAAGCCUUUCAAGGUCAAACUUCACGAUGACUCGUUCCGGGGAUACAACGUGGAGACCCCCGACCUGGAUGUCGAAGUGACGAAGGACCAGCUGCUGGGCAUGUACAAGCAAAUGACGACCAUGCGCCGCAUGGAAAUGGCUGCCGACGCAUUGUACAAGGCGAAGCUCAUCCGGGGAUUCUGUCACCUUGCUAUCGGGCAGGAGGCUGUCUCCGUCGGCAUGGAGGCAGGCAUCACGGCGGACGACCGUGUCAUUACGUCCUAUAGGUGCCAUCCCUUCGCCGUGCUGCGUGGUGGUACCAUCAAGGGUGUCAUUGCCGAACUGCUGGGUCGCCAGGACGGUAUGUCCCGCGGCAAAGGUGGCUCCAUGCACAUCUUUACCCCUUCAUUCUUCGGCGGAAACGGUAUCGUUGGGGCACAGGUCCCUCUCGGAGCGGGUAUCGCUCUGGCGCAGCAGUACCUAGGGAAGGACACCGCGACCUUUGCUUUGUACGGCGACGGUGCCAGCAACCAAGGGCAAGUCUUCGAGGCUUACAACAUGGCCAAGCUUUGGAACCUUCCAUGCGUUUUCGUGUGCGAGAACAACAAGUACGGCAUGGGAACCUCUGCCGAGCGGUCUUCAUCCAACACCGAGUACUACACUCGAGGCGAUAAGAUUCCUGGUCUGCAGGUUAACGGAAUGGACAUCAUCGCGUCUCUCCAGGCGGUCCGCUGGGCUCGCAAGUACGUGGCUGAGGAUAAGCGCGGACCCCUCGUCAUGGAAUUCGUCACCUAUCGCUACGGAGGACACUCUAUGUCGGACCCGGGCACGACCUACCGUACUCGUGAAGAAGUGCAGCGAAUGCGAAGCACCCAGGACCCGAUCCGUGGUCUCCAGCGUUAUAUCGAGGAGUGGGGUCUUGCCACUGAGCAGGAGCUCAAGCAAAUUGACAAGGACGCCAAGGCUGAGGUUGAUGUCGCUGUCGAGGAGGCUAAAAAGUCCCCGGAGCCUACCCUUAAGGACUUCUGGACCGACAUCUACUACGAGGGAACUGAGCCCCCUUUCAUGCGCGGUCGUGAACGCGAGGAGGUCCACUACUAUUAAAAUCGUCGCUUAGGCAUAUAGAUAGACUUGGCAAUAAUUCCGUAUACGACGUCAGCGU